UCGUGUGUGCCAAACGGUCGCAAGUUGGUGACCGGGUGUGAUUUGUUGUUUAUUCUACGUUUAAUUGGCAUUUUAAUUGUUACAAUAAUGAUAUUUUGUUAACUGGUACAACCGAGAAUUGUUUGUGCAUAUAGUAUUAACGUUGAAAAGUGUUAAGCGAACAAAAAGUGUGUUUCAACUGUAGGCAGUAGCGAGGAGGUAGCACCUGCUGCUAGUGAACUUUUCUCGACAUUCCAGGAAAAUCGGCAGGCAUCGGGGAACAGCUAGCAACAACGGUGGUUGCUGUACGCCUAUUAGCAUCGAUCGACAGCAGGUUGUUGGCUCUGGUCAUAAUCAGAAACCUCACCGAAGAUUUCCUUCCGAAGGUGACAUCGACAAGAUGGUGGAUUCACAGGAGAUCAAAAUGCCUCAACGCCAACAGCAGCAGCAAACAAUUUACGAUAACGAGGGACACGAGGACGGCACCAUGGGCGAUCGUCAGGUUACGGGGGACGACUGUGAGGCUGCAUUGCUGUCUUCCAUUGCGACAAGCGAACUGAUGAACCUGGAUGGGGACGUUUUCCCGUUGGAAACCUAUCAGGAUGUGUUCAAGUUCGAAACAAGCGAACUGGCACCGGCAAUGGAAACUGAUUCAGUACCGGCUACCCCGGCAUUGCAGGCCGUUCUGUUGGAUCACCUGAAGAAAGCUCCAACAUUGGAAGAGUAUCACGAUCCGAUGUACAAUUUCAAUGUGGAUCUGAACGGCGAAACCAGUGGCAAAUCAAGCUGGAUGUUCAGCUCUCGUCUGAACAAGGUUUUCGUCAAGAUGGGACAGGCUUGCACUUUUAAUCUGUCCUGUCAGACGUUCACCUAUCAGCAGUUAUAUGUCCGAGCGAUGAUGGUUUGCUCUGCCCCGGAAGACCUGCACUAUCCGGUGUUUCGAUGCGAAAAUCAUCGCUGUAGCGAUAACAGCAGUCCACCGAUUACGGAUGCGAUCAAAACGCAUGUGAUGCGUUGUUUUAAUCCGACCACGCAGUACGUUGGUAACGAGAAGGGCGUGGCCUUUCAGGAACGGCUCGCCGUAAUCGUUCCCGUGGGCAUGACCAAAACCGAGAAUGCAUCGCUUAAUAUUUCGCUCCAGUUUGUUUGCCAGAACUCGUGCCGGAUCAUCAACCGACGCCAGACUGCUAUUAUUUUUACCUUGGAAGAUGCAGCAGGACAAAUCCUGGGCCGUAGAUCUUUGAAUUUGAAGGUUUGCAGCUGCCCAAAGCGGGACAAGCAAAAGGAAGAGGAAAGUUUGGGACCAGUUAAGCGAAAGAGUGAAGAGGAACUGCAAGCACCACCGGGGAAGAAAGUAGCCAAGGUUUCGACCGUCCAUCGUAAUCCUAGCCUAACAAGUGUAGAAAGAGCAUCUCAGAAACCACAACUCUCGUCUCCACCCCGUGGCAAGGUAGCGUACAUCAAGAAGGAACGUUCAUCGGAGCUGUCUCCAUCGUCUCAAAACAACCAUCAACGGGCCCGCUCGUUGACUCCACUGAACAGUCAGGAACUGGUGGAGCAAACGGCUACCAACAUCAACAUCCCGUUGCCGGGCGUACCUCAUGCGGUCAAGGUUACCGAGUACGCCUUCCAGCUGGUGGCGGCCGAUCUGGUGCGCUGCGUAGACGAUACCCAGCGGAAGCAUCUGGCCGCCUACCUCACGCAAAUCCGACGGCUGCAAAAAUCGCUCACAUCUGGUCGCACUGCCACAAAUAAUAGCAACAGCUCGACGGAUUCCGACUAACCCGUUGUUGUUUCCGUUGAAAUAGUAAUUUAAUUGGUUAAUUUUCCUCAACGAAUAGUUUAAGAAAUCCAGUACUAAUCCAUAAUUUCUCAUUAGAGUUCACCAACGAAAGAUGCAUUUAUUAAGUAGUGCACCACAAAAGUAUAGAAAACAAGUGAAGAGACGUUUCUUUAUAAUUUUUUUUUCAAAUAUCUACACGAACAUUUUUCUCUCACUUCAAAAAUAUUUACUGAAAUUGAACUCAUACCCAAAUCUAAUUUCGCAACAGAAAAUUAAAGCGCUCAUUGAGGGAGCGGAACUUUUUUCGAACCCCCAAUUAUUUGCUUCAAAAUCAAUCCAAUAAUUAGUACGAGAAAAAAAUCUUCGUAUUGUUUUCUGUUUUGGUUGUAUAAUUUUUUAAACAAAUUACCACCAAAGCAACAAAAUGAUUGAUAAUCAUGCUGUCGAAAUAUUGUUUGUCGAAUUUUUAUGCUUCUACUGAGAAAUUUUCAAAACGAUCAGUUUGUUUUUGUUCAAAAUAAAAAAAAAAUAUUUCCGAUUUUUAACUUGUUUUCCGUAUUUUUUUAAACCUUCAACAAAUCCUUGUUAAAGUUUUACUUUAAAAGUGAAGCAAUUUCUACUUAAAAACGCAAUUCGAAACAUUUUACUUGUUUAUUACGUGCAUUUUUACGUAAAGAUACUAUUUUAGAGCUUAGAAACUAACAAAUAGGCAGUACCUUACUAAUGAUAACUUUAAAAAUUACCUCCUUUCCCAUAUAAAGAAUAAGAAGAAAGAAGAGUUAAGUUACUUGAUAGGCGUGUAAGUGAUCGAUUUUUUUCACUAGAAUAUAUAAAAGAACGCUUUACAUUUAUCAUAUAUUCCUUAUUACAAUCAAAGUGAUUGACGUUUAUAAGAUAAUCGAUAAGUGAACGGUUGAAAAAAACAAACAACAAAGUAAAACAAAAAACAUUAAAAAACAACAAAUUCAAAACAAUUUAAAAAAGAAAUUACGAAAAAAAACCAAACACCUUGAAUAAAAAAUC